CACUCAAUCGAUUCUACAAUACUUGACUCAUCUUCUUUGAUCCGUAUUGAAUCGUACACUUUUCAUCCCGAAAUUCAGCGCCACUCUUUACCGCGAUAUCUCGACAUUGCUUCACUCUCUCUCCUAAUACUCUCCGCAACGAUGGCGAAUACGGAAAUAUCCCAAGAAUCAUCUCUCCACCUAGAUCAAUACUUCAAAACCUCAGAUGACCAAGUUCCACGCAUCCUCGAGGCCUUCCUCGACGGAGAGAUAGACCCGGAGACGACCGCGACAAGAACAGCAAGCAUAUAUGCACCUCAACUCUCGCAAGGCAACGCGAGCCCGACCGACGAGUUGUGGACAGCAUUAGUCGAAGUUGCAAAGCACUCCGGCCGCGACCAAGCCGACGCUUCCCGGGCUGUGACAUUCCUGAAUUCUCUCUCAGAGCAAGGAGACAUCGCGGAUGCCGCAUCGGUGGCUAUCCAGCCGUCCUGGGCGACGGGCGGUGUAUAUUGGCGCGAUCUGCCGGGGUUUGCUUUUGCGUUUCGGGUGCAGGCAUUCGACCUUGACAGACACCGCUUCCUCCGCGGCAAAGAGUCCCUGCUCCAGACUACGACGUUCGCGGCGACGUACCUUCAAUAUGGCAACCCGACCAUUCGAAAGGGCAUGAUCUUCCUCGCCGAGGUGGGCCUGAUGACGGGGCUUGAACAUGACCAUGGCGAGCUCAACGAUCUCUAUCUUCCGGCAGCGGCGACGUGGAUGGCCAUUGCUGCCGAGCGGGUGAGAGAGCUGUGUAACGAGAACUAUAAUCGGGAUGAUGACGCUCCGGGUCUUCCUGAGGUCUAUCAUGGACCGCCGCUAUGGAGCGCUGGGCGCGGGUUCAGCGUGGGUCGCUGGCAGUUCUGGAAGCAACGUUUCGAGACGUUGGCGCAGAGUAAUCGAUUAAGUGACGAGCUUCGUGGCCAAGCUCGGCGGGCGCAUGAUGCGAUGGUCCGUGUGGACGAGUGAUGACUCGGCUGAUGGAGCGUCUCUGUAACGUUUGACAGAGUGUGGCAGCAGGAGCGAUAAAGCAUCUCGACACGCAUGCAAAGAC